UGCCACUGGCUUAAAGACAUCUUUUAAACAUGUGUGCACUGGUAGUGAAUAUCGGGACGCAGCCUCUAUAGAAAACGCUAAAUGUAAUCUUUGGAUCUGUGAAAUUAUGGGAUACAACAAAUGUUGUAUACCUGGAUGCUCAACUAAGUAUGGUCAUGAUCUCAUUCUUCGGAUUUUUCCAACGGAUAGUAUCUUAAAGACUAAGUGGAGGCAAAAUUUAGGGAAUAUAAGAAUAUCUCAAUCAUCUGCUGUAUGUGAGUUGCAUUUCGCUCAGUCUGAGUUUGAGAAAAUAAGAGAAGAUGGCAAAAAAAAACUCAAACAAAAUGCUGUACCAUCACUUUCUGAGGAGGUACGUUGUCACCUAUCCAGAUUAAGUCUUUGCAUAGAAUCAGAUCAUUCUUAUAAUAAAUUACUACCGGAUAAAGAAGAAUGCUAUGUAUAAUGGUGCUUUUUUAGUCUUUAAACACUCUUUUCCUUAAUCGGGGAAAACCUCCUCUUAAGACGAAGAAUAUGUAAAAUGAACGCUGAGAUUGAACCCAAGAACUUUCGGUUUCUGAUCAUCCGAUUCUGAUUUACAAGAGGCCAUGUAUUAUCAUUCCAAAACCCGCGAUACAUUUCGACUUCAAACGCGCGCUUCUCACGUUUACAUAAUUUUUCUUACAUAUUAGGAUCCCAGACAGCACCCAUGUCUAAAAGUGGAACAUAAGGUAUCUAAAAGACAUCUUUUAGACGUCUUACGAAAAGAUUGCUAAAAGAUAUCUGAAAAACGUCUAAAACACGUCUUAUGUCCCGAUUUUGGACAUUGUGCUGUCCGGGAUAUGUUUUAAAUGUAAACGUAUGUAUCUUUUGUUUUAAACAUAUUAUUAUGUAAACACUGCUUAAUACAUGUUUAAAAUGUUUAAAUAAAAAACUUGAUGAUUUGUACUUCUUUAAAAAAACGUGAUCUCUCUUUUUACUAACGUUUUACUAACACAUAGGCUUAUGAACACAUACCCACAAGGAUACACAAUAUAUAUAUUAUAUUCUAUACUAUUUUUAUAAUAUAUUAGGUUGGUGCAAAAAUAAUUGCAGUUUCUAUCACUUUGAUUUUAAAUUUCAGUUCUGUAUUUCGACAUGAAGUUGUGUCUUAUUAUAGUCACAUGGUAUACCACUUUAAAGUUCUGACUUCCCUGUAUUCAUUUAUGCUAGUGCUAUUGUCCUUCCUAGCGUAUAUAUGAAGUUAUUAAGAACUAUCAAAUUGAAAAUGAAAAAGGAGCAAUUCGUACGAUUUUCUUGUACGGUUUUCUUGCAUGAGUUCAAAUUGGGUCGUAAAAAGCUUCAGAAACUGCACGCAAUAUCAACCAGGCAUUCGGCCAAAAGACCGUCCAAGAAACGUAUAGAUACCAUUAGCUCCACAAAAGUUUAGAAGAUGAAGCGGGAAGUGAUCGACCUGAAGCUGUUGAUAAUGUUCAUCAAUUGAAAGCCAUUACCUAUCGAUGCGGAUUCACUGAAAACUACUAGAGAAGUUGCACAAAUACUUAACGUAGACCAUUCAAUGAGCUGAGAUAUUCACAUUUGAAGUUGAAGAUUAAAAACCGCAAUUAUUUUUGCACCAACUGAAUAGCCCUGAUGAAAAAAUUUCUUAUAUUUUCUCAGAAAUUUUGUAAGAAUUGAGACUUAUAAAAAAUUC